AUCGGCCUUUUGCGCAGGUUGAGUCUGGCUGCCUCCAGAUUUUGAUCUUCUCCGUUACCCCGUGGGAAAACCCCGGAUUCGAAGGGUGCCAUAUGGCCGGAAGAUUCCAAUCAUCGGACUAUAAAGCCUUACAAGAUGCUCGACAAUCGUCAAGUUCCCUUCGCGGAUUGUGCUUGCUGAGUGUGCGAACAUCAUCUUCUUCCCUGUUUGUGCUGCCUGCUUAGAAUUAUCGACAACCAUGACAACUCAUAUUCUCGACAUGCUGGGGAUCCGGGCAGAAUGGCGAGCAAUCGCCAUCAGCUUGUUCAUUACCAUUGCUGCCUUUCAAUUCGGUUUCGAUUCUUCCUACUAUUCUGGCAUUCUUGAUAUGGAGGCAUUCAUCAAGACUUAUGGACACUACGAUAGCGCGACCGAUGGCUACGUCCUCAGCUCCAGCAUCCAAUCCCUGACCACCAGCAUUAUCAACGUGGGUGAACUCGUCGGUGCAGUCUCAUCCUAUUUGGUGGACGAUCGAAUCGGGCGUCGAGGAGGGCUGUUCGUCUCUAGUGCUUUCGUCACAGCUGGUGUAAUUUUCCAGGUCGCUGCUGAUAACCUUGGAUUGUUGAUUGUUGGCCGAUUGCUGAUGGGCUACGCGGUGGGGCUGAUCUCGUGCCUUGUCCCUCUAUACGUUGCCGAUUGCGCACCCUCCCGCUUCCGUGGAGCAUUGGUCUCUGUGUACCAGUUUGACGUAGGGCUUGGACUCUUGCUUGGUGUGAUUGUGGACUAUGCUACCAAGGAUCGAUCGGACAGCGGCUCCUAUCGGAUUCCCAUGGCUGUUCAACUCGUCUUUCCGAUCAUUCUAGUUCCGGGCCUUAUCUUGUUCUGUCCCGAGUCACCUCGCUGGCUUUUGUCGAAGGGAAAGACGGAACAGGCCAGGAAAGCCCUCCGACGACUGUACGGUGACCGACCAGACUUCAUCGAGAGCGAAAUCGUCAUGAUCUCAAGCAUGAUCGAGGAAGAACAGCGGAACGAUAGUUCGUGGGGUGAUUUGUUGAAAUGGAAGGUCGAUGGACGGAAAGCAUACUUGGGCUGCUGUAUUCAAGCAUGGCAACAGGCAUCGGGAAUCAACUUCAUCACCAGCUACGGAAUUGUUUUCUUCUCGGCAAUCGGCAUCACCAACAGCUUCCUCAUCCAGAUGGGCCUGUACCUUUGCCCAAUGCCAGCGGUCUGGUUGAACCAGUAUUGUGUUGAGCGUUUCGGUCGUCGGACGAUGCUGCUUGUCUCCUGCUCCUUGGUCUGUGCGGUGUUGUUCAUUGUCGGCGGGGCGGGCACGGCUUCGGACAAGACAUUAGGCCUGGACCGACUCAUCGUGGCCAUGGUUUACAUCUUCAUGGUUGUGUUCAACCUGGCUCUGGGACCGGCGGUGUGGGUGGUCACGUCGGAAAUCUCGACUGGCCCCAACCGCAGCAAAUUGAUGGCGACCUCGACCGGUACGAACUGGUUCUUCAGUUGGAUGGUCACGUUCACGUUCCCGUACUUGUUCGACGCGGAUGCAGCCAAUCUCAGCGCGCGUGUGGGCUUCAUCUACGGUGGCCUGAUGUUUGGCGCAGCAGUAUGGAUUUACUUUUUGCUGCCGGAGACCGCGGGACGAUCCCUGGAGGAUAUCCAGGUCAUGUUUGAAAACGGAGUUCCAGCACGGAAAUUCAAAUCAUAUGAGAUGCCUCAGACCUCGCGCCUCGUGACCCUGGAGGAUGAGAAAGAAGUGCGGGCUACAGAAAUGGAGAGUGUGUGAGCAGGGCUGGAUCGCAUGUACGAGUGUGACUUGUCAUGUCAGCUUCGAUCGAGUCUCUGUACAAGCUAUGCCGGCUAUACGAUGUCCACUAGUGUUGUUGGGAGGAGAGACCUCAAUGCCCCUCGUCUGAUCAGCAUAUCCGAGACAUUGCGCCCA